GGCAGGCUCGAGGACCUUCGGCCCAAGAUGAGCUGCGCCACAGCCUCGCUCCCCUGUCUGGCUUCCUUCUAAGCUCCCGGAGGGGCAGGGAAGGAAAAGGUGGAGAGGGGUCCCGAGUCCUCCUCGAGUCAGGAUCCAGAAAACGGAGAGAGUGUCUGUGCCAGACGACAACCCUCGCCCCUCCGCUGGCCCCUCAACCCCCGAAUAGGGUCUUGGGUCAUCGGUGGGGCCGGGAGCCGAGGAUCGCUGGGAGAAUGGGGAGGAGGACUCAAAAGCGGGGGACGGACACGGAGAUUCGGGGUGACUCUAGCCGGCCCCCUUCCUUUCCCACACCUCGCGGAGGACACACCUCCCGGGCUGGGGUCCCCGCCCAGCUCCCCGCCUCGCACCUCCCCUGGCGCCGUCCUCGGCCCCGCCCCCUCCCUCCGGGUCCCUCCUUCUCCCGACCUCGUCCCUCCCUCUCUCCCUGCUCCCGACACCUCCUCUCCCCGACUCCCUCCGGACGCCGCUAAGUUUCUCCGCUCGGGACCCCGCGCAGAGCCGGGGCCGGGCCGGAGCGGCGUCCCCGCUGCCUUGUCCCCGCGCGCAGAGCCCGGCCCGGCCCCGACCCCACCGAGCCAUGCUGUGCGGCCGCUGGAGGAGCUGCCGCCGCCGGCCCGAGGAGCCCUCGGUGCCGGCCCAGGUCGCGACGUCCGUCGCCCUCGCGCCCCCGGACGGCGGCAGCAGGAGGCCCGGGCUGCGGGCGCUGAAGAAGAUGGGCCUGACGGAGGACGAGGACGUGCGCGCCAUGCUGCAGGGCUCCCGGCUCUGCAAGAUCCGCUCGCGGACGUGGCACAAGGAGCGGCUGUACCGGCUGCAGGAGGACGGCCUGAGCGUGUGGUUCCAGCGGCGCAUCCCGCGCGCGCCGUCGCAGCACAUCUUCUUCGUGCAGCACAUCGAGGCGGUCCGUGAGGGCCACCAGUCCGAGGGCCUGCGGCGCUUCGGGGGCGCCUUCCCGCCCGCGCGCUGCCUCACCAUCGCCUUCAAGGGCCGCCGCAAGAACUUGGACUUGGCGGCGGCCACGGCGGAAGAGGCUCAGCGCUGGGUGCGUGGCCUGGCCAAGCUGCGAGCGCGCCUCGACGCCAUGAGCCAGCGCGAACGUCUCGACCACUGGAUCCACGCCUAUCUGCACCGUGCAGACUCCGACCAGGACAGUAAGAUGAGCUUCAAGGAGAUCAAGAGCCUGCUCAGAAUGGUGAACGUGGACAUGAAUGACAUGUAUGCCUACCGCCUCUUCAAGGCCCGCUUUCCCCAGGCGUCCUCCACCUCUGAGCCGCUCCGCGCUGCCUUCCAGGAGUGCGACCACUCCAACAACGAACGGCUGGAGGGGGCUGAGAUUGAGGAGUUUCUGCGGCGGUUGCUGAAACGCCCUGAGCUGGAGGAGAUCUUCCAUCGGUACUCAGGCGAGGACCGCGUGCUGAGCGCCCCGGAGUUGCUGGAGUUCCUGGAGGACCAAAGGGAGGACGGCGCCACGCUGGCCCACGCCCAGAAGCUCAUCCACACCUAUGAGCUCAACGAGACAGCCAAGCAGCACGAACUGAUGACGCUGGAUGGCUUCAUGAUGUACCUGUUGUCACCUGAAGGGGCUGCCCUGGACCCGGCCCACACAUGUGUGUUCCAGGACAUGGGCCAGCCCCUCUCCCACUACUUCAUCUCCUCCUCACACAAUACAUACCUGACAGACUCUCAGAUCGGGGGGCUCAGCAGCACGGAGGCCUAUGUUAGGGCCUUUGCACAGGGCUGCCGCUGUGUGGAGCUGGACUGCUGGGAGGGACCAGGAGGGGAGCCCAUCAUCUAUCACGGCCACACCCUCACCUCCAAGAUCCUCUUCCGAGAUGUGGUCCAGACUGUGCGUGACCACGCCUUCACUCUGUCCCCGUACCCUGUCAUCCUAUCCCUCGAGAACCACUGUGGGCUGGAGCAGCAGGCCGUCAUGGCUCAUCACCUGCGCACCAUCCUGGGAGACGCGCUGGUGACACAGGGCCUGGACACGCAGAACCCUGAAGAGUUGCCAUCCCCAGAGCAGCUGAAGGGCCGGGUCCUGGUGAAGGGGAAGAAGCUGCCAGCUGCUCGGAGCGAGGAUGGUCGAAUUCUAUCCGACCAGGAGGAGGAAGAGGAAGAGGAAGAAGAAGAGGUGGAGGCUGCAGAACAGAGGCGGCGGGCCAAGCAGAUCUCCCCAGAGCUGUCGGCCCUGGUCGUGUACUGCUGUGCCACCCGCCUGCGGACCCUGCGCCCCAACCCGGUGCCACCCCAGCCCUGCCAGGUCAGCUCCCUCAGCGAGCGCAAGGCCAAGAAGCUCAUCCGAGAGGCAGGGAACAGCUUCGUCAGGCACAAUGCCCACCAACUGACCCGUGUCUACCCACUGGGGCUGCGGAUGAACUCAGCCAACUACAGCCCCCAGGAGAUGUGGAACUCAGGCUGUCAGCUGGUGGCCUUGAACUUCCAGACGCCAGGCUAUGAGAUGGACCUCAAUGCCGGGCGCUUCCUCAUCAACGGGCAGUGCGGCUACGUCCUGAAACCCGCCUGCCUGCGGCAGCCAGACACAACCUUUGACCCUGAGUGCCCUGGGCCCCCCAGGACCACUCUCACUAUCCAGGUGCUGACAGCGCAGCAGCUGCCCAAGCUGAACACGGAGAAGCCGAACUCCAUCGUGGACCCCCUGGUGCGUGUUGAGGUCCACGGUGUGCCCGCAGACUGUGCUCGAAAGGAGACCAACUACGUGCUCAACAACGGCUUCAACCCCCGCUGGGGGCAGUCCCUGCAGUUCCAGUUGCGGGCUCCGGAGCUGGCACUGGUCCGCUUCGUGGUGGAAGAUUACGACGCCACCUCCCCUAAUGACUUUGUGGGCCAGUUUACGCUGCCUCUCGACAGCCUGAAGCAAGGGUACCGCCACAUCCACCUGCUUUCCAAGGAUGGGGCCUCACUGUCGCCAGCCACGCUCUUCGUCCACAUCCGCGUCCAGCGCUUCUGAGGGUGGGACUGACCUAUGCUGGGGCUCCACGGGCGCCAGGCUGCGUCCCUUGGCAGAGGCUCUCUCCCCCUGUGGAGCAGAGGGGUAGAGGGAGGCCCAGCCCCUCCAGCCUGCUCACUUUGCCCACUCCACUCUGGUCUCAGCGGGGUGCUGGGGACUGCUUUGGUCCCCCAGAGAACAGGCCGUGACCCUGGAGCCUUGAGACGGCCCCAGUUCCUCCGAUUCUUGGCCCACUCCCUCCCUCAUCGUGGCUCAUGAAGAGCCAGACCUGUUGCUGCCAGAUUUGGGGUGGACACCGGAGCCUUCAGCUCUUCUCUGCCCCCCAGGGGGCCUGGUCCAGCCCUCUUCUUGCCCCCAUCCCACCCCAGGCAUUAGCCAUCCCCCGAGCCCCUCCCCUCACCAGGCUUUCCUGGGUUCCUCCCUCGAGCUCUUGAACUUGAGCUCCCUCUUCUAGGAAGCCUGGAAGCAGGUUUUAACUUGUGUCAUAGAAGGGUGCGGGAGAGGACAGUAGAACAAGACUAUUGAUUAAAAAAUAAUAAUAAUAAAGAA